AUGGCCAUGAACAAAGUUGCGGGGGAGAACCUCUACAUUGGAGGAAUGUUCGCCCUUCGUGGACGGGAAGCUCUAAAAGAAGCCGGAAUAACCCAUGUGGUGUCCGUAUUACGAUUACCUCUCGAUAAAGCUCUGUUUGAGAACUAUGAGCACAAGGUUAUCGAGGUGGACGACGUUGAGGAUGAAAACCUGCUUGAACAUUUCACUUCCAGCAAUAAGUUCAUUUCUGAAGCCUUAAAAGCUGAGGGUGCGGUCUUAAUCCAUUGUGCCAUGGGGAAAUCCCGUUCAGCAACUAUACUUGCUGCAUAUCUGAUGGCUACACGCCGUAUCGCGCCAAAUCUUGCCUUAGGACUCAUAGAGCGUGCCCGCCCAAUCGUGGAACCAAAUCCUGGGUUUAUGAAACAACUUGAACUAUAUCAUGAAAUGAACUAUACCGACGUUGUUGAAGAUCACCCCUUAUAUCAGCGGUGGAUUUACUUACAGGAUGUCGAGAUGAGUAACGCCGCUGGAAGGGCACCGGAGCGAGUACAUUUCAGAGAUGCAGAGGCCACGGUGGGGAAAAUCACUCAAGUGAAAGAGGGUGAAACCCCUGCGGAGAAAGGUGAAAUAGAGCUACGGUGUAAGAAAUGCCGACGCACACUAGCGACCUCUGCUUCCUUAACACCCCAUAUUCCAAAACUGGCCCAAAACGCGCUGCCAAAGCAGCAAUGCUCUCACCAUUUCUUGGAACCCCUUCUAUGGAUGAAGGACGAGCUCUCCAAAGGUGAAAUUUCUGGAAAAUUAGAAUGUCCCAAAUGCCAGUCAAAGGUGGGAUCCUACGCAUGGCAAGGUCUGAGGUGUUCCUGUGGAGAUUGGGUUGUUCCCGGGAUUAGUGUUGCCAGAGGAAAGGUGGAUGAAGUCAGAGUAAAGCUAUGA